UGGCCACAGGUGGCGCCUGGGGGGACUGGACGCAUGCGGUCACGUGUUGGACCUGGCCCUUCCCUCCGACCUAGGUGGCUGCGCUCCAGGGAGGGCCACGAGGCUCGUGGGGGUCCCGCGGCGCAGGCCGGCGGAAUGGCCGGCGGAAAGGAGGCCAGGCGUUGGUUUUGUUGAGGAGGUCACAGGCUCACGCUUCCCGGCGGGAUCCCUUUCUGCCGGGCCCCCUCCCGCGGCCCGCACCCCAACCUUUGCGGUCUGACAACUCGUCCUGCUGCUUUCCACUUGCCGCCGGUCAGGAUCUGCUCCUUUAUGUCCAAGGUCAAACACUGUUCAAAGUAGUAGUCAAAUCUCUCUCACCUAAAGAAUUAGUCCGAAUUCAUGUCCCUAAACCUUUGGACAGGAAUGAUGGAACGUUUUUGGUGAGAUACAGGAUGUAUGAUACUGUCAAUGAAGGGCUGAAAAUAGAAGUUUUGUAUGGUGAUGACCACGUGGCUCAAUCUCCCUAUAUUUUGAAAGGACCAGUGUACCAUGAGUACUGUGUGUGUCCAGAAGAGGACCCUCAGGCCUGGCAGAAAACGCUUUCUUGUCCAACUCAGGAGCCACAAAUUGAAGAAGAUUUUGCUUCCUUUCCAAGCAUUGAUCUCCAGCACAUGCUAAAAGAAGUCCCCGCAAGGUUUGGGGACGAGAGGGGUGCCGUUGUUCAUUACACGAUUCUGGAUAACCACAUUUACCGGAGAUCUUUAGGGAAAUACACAGAUUUCAAAAUGUUCUCUGAUGAGAUUUUUCUGUCACUGGCGAGAAAGGUCCUUCUCCCAGAUUUAGAAUUUUAUAUUAAUCUUGGAGACUGGCCCUUGGAGCAUCGAAAAGUCAAUGAAACCCCUGGCCCAAUAGCUCUCAUUUCCUGGUGUGGCUCUCAGGAUUCAAGAGAUAUUAUCCUUCCAACAUAUGACACUACCCACUCCACACUGGAAGCAAUGAGGGGUGUUACAAAUGACCUUCUCUCUAUUCAGGGAAAUACAGGGCCUUCCUGGAUCAAUAAAACAGAGAAAGCUUUCUUCAGAGGUAGAGAUAGCCGAGAGGAGAGGCUGCAGUUGGUACAGCUGUCCAAAGAAAAUCCACAGCUACUAGAUGCAGGAAUUACAGGAUAUUUCUUUUUCCAAGAGAAAGAAAAAGAACUUGGAAAAGCCAAGUUGAUGGGUUUCUUUGAUUUCUUUAAGUUCAAGUACCAGGUGAACGUGGACGGGACCGUGGCUGCGUACAGGUUCCCGUAUCUCAUGCUGGGGGACAGCCUGGUCCUCAAGCAGGACUCACCAUAUUACGAGCAUUUCUACGGGGCCCUGAGACCUUGGAAACACUAUGUUCCAAUUCAAAGGAAUCUUAGUGACUUACUAGAGAAAGUUCAGUGGGCCAAGGAAAAUGAUGAAGAAGCCAAGCAGAUUGCAAAAGAAGGGCAGCUGACUGCCAGGGACCUGCUACAGCCGCACAGGCUCUACUGCUACUAUUUCAGAGUCCUACAGAAAUACGCCGAGCGCCAGUCCAGCAAGCCUGAGGUACGUGAUGGAAUGGAACCCGUUCCUCAGCCAGGUGAUGACAUGUCCACCUGCUGGUGCCACCGGAAGAAGCCUUCGAGGGAGGAGCUUUAGGCAGCUCAGAGUCACACUCCUGUGUGUGCCAGCUCCAUCUUUAAGGGCAAACAGGAUAGAUACUGAGCUGUGAAGAAAAGUGCAGAAGAAGCAAGGCCUGGUGGUCCAUGCCUGUAAUCCCAGCACUGGGGAAACAGACAGGAGGUCACAAGUGUUACCUAAUAUGUUUGGAUAUUCACUCCUUUUGAGUAAAAACUGCUCUUCCAGCAUCAGUUUCUUUGAAAAGAGCACUUGAGGAUCAUAGAAGACAGACAGACGUGCCAAAAUAUAAAUCAGCUCUGUGAAUCUGUUGACAUGACAUUAGGAAAUUGUCUAAAUAAAUGUUGGUAGAUCAAGCACUGAAGGACAACCUUCGAAAAGAAUGAAGUAGCUUUAAUGAAAAACACCUGUUUUUCAUUAAAAAAAUGAAAGACACCUGUGACUGUGUUUUGUGAAACCAUUUAUGUAAAAACAAAAUGGUGGACAGUUUGGAAGGAGAUCUGCCAGUAUGAGAAGGGGAUGCAGAGAAGGGGUAUUUUUAGUUUUUGCUUUCUACCUUUUUAUAGUAUUUAAAUCACUUUUAUGUAAGUGUGAGUGAAAUUGUACACUAAAGAAAAAUACAAGCAUGGUAAAAGAAUAAAUGUACACAAAAUAAGUGGAAAAAAAAAUGGAUAGUUGUAUUUUCCUUUAUGCUGGUUUUAGAUCUGCCAGGUCUAGAAUCUUAUGUUAUGGGUUAUACUAUAUACACUUUUUAAAUAAAUAAAA